CGACGCCACUGACCACGAAGUUGAAGACGUUCUGGCAAAGUCUGACAACCAAGUACUGCGUAGUGGUCAUUCCUGAUCUGUAAUGCCGGCCUAAUUAGCCGUUUGGGCCAUCUAAUGCCAGAUUUAGGGCUCACCUUCGCCUGUUCUUGCACACUUUGCCAUCGACCAUGUCCUUGUUAUCCCGUUCUCCUUUUGUCCGUACAAAUGCUCUCAAGCAGGUCGGCUACGUACGCUUCGCAUCUUCAAAAUUCGCCAAGUUUCAUUGGGAGGACCCUUUGAAUGUCGAGAACCUUCUCACUGAGGAGGAAAUCGCGAUUCGGAAAACCUUCUGCCUCGCGUCUUGGAAGGAUGGCGUACAGAAGGCUUGUGACGAUGAUAAUACCUGUGUCCGCGUUUCUAAUGUUAACCCAAUAGAAUUCGAUCCGAAAGUCCUGCCUGAAAUGGGAAAACUUGGACUUCUAGGCUCUACAAUUCAAGGCUACGGAUGUGCUGGAACGAGCCAAGUCGCGUACGGACUCAUCGCACGAGAAAUUGAACGAGUAGAUUCCGGGUACCGCUCAACAGCAUCCGUUCAGUCUUCUCUUGUCAUGCAUCCCAUCAACGAGUUUGGGACAGAUGCUCAGAAAGAGAAGUACAUCCCUCGUCUUGCCAAGGGUGAAAUUAUUGGUGCUUUUGGACUUACCGAACCCAACCAUGGGUCGGACCCGGCAAACAUGGAAACCACUGCCGAAGAAAUAGAAGGAGGAUUCAUUAUCAACGGAAGCAAGACGUGGAUUUCCAACGCACCUGUCGCCGACGUGUUCAUAAUCUGGGCCACCUGCAAGUGGGACCAAAAAAUCCGUGGUUUCAUCCUUGAAAAGGGAAUGAAAGGACUCGAGACGCAAGCUAUCAAGAACAAAGUAGCGUUACGAGCUUCUCUCACAGGAUCAAUCUUCAUGGACUCUGUUCGGUUAACCCACGAUGCCUUGUUACCUAAAUCAAAGGGGUUGGGGUCGCCAUUCUCUUGCUUGAACUCUGCUCGGUAUGGCAUUUCGUGGGGAGUCAUGGGCGCUCUGGAGGAUUGCAUCGACCGCACGAGAGAGUAUGCACUCGAACGACACCAGUUCCAGCGUCCGUUGGCUUCGUUCCAGCUUGUCCAGAAGAAACUAGUCGAUGCCCAGACGGAGGUGACCCUGGGGCUACUAGCUAGUUUGCAAGUCGGAAGGCUCAAGGAGGCCGGACAAUAUUCACCUGAAAUGAUAAGUAUGGUCAAGAGGAACAAUUGCGGAAAAGCUUUGCAACACUCGAGAAUUGUAUUAGAUAUUUUGGGUGGAAAUGCUUGCGCUGACGAAUAUCACGUUGGAAGACAUGCUGCUAAUCUGCAGGUUACUAAUACAUAUGAAGGUAACUUUUGCCACUUCCUUCUUUUAAACUACGACAUUCACACUUUGAUACUCGGGAAAGCCAUGACUGGUAUACAAGCGUUCGCCUAAAUUCAUGGGCCCAUGUAUGUACAACAACAAAUAAAGCGGAAUUCUGUCA